AUGACUGCGAGGCUGGCCUCUCUCUUUGGUCUGGAUCAAACGGUCUCAAGCCACGGAAAUGAAUUUUUCCAGUACACUGCACCAAAGCAGCCAAAGAAGGGUCAGGCGGCAGCUGCAGGUCAGGCAGCCCAGAAGGCUCCUGCGGCCCCAGCAGCUUCGGGAGCGCCAUCAGUGUUCACGGCCACUGCGGUUCAUGCUUAUCGAUAUACGAAUGGGCAGUACUUGAAGCAAGGCAAGUACGGAGCAGCUGUAGUGGGGAACCAUGCCACUAAGGAGUACAGGAUCCUCCUUUACAUCAGUCAGCAGCAACAGAUUGCAACUGCAAGGAUCCACCCAGGCUUUGUACUCACGGUUCAACCCAACAAUUACAGUACGUUCUAUGAUGAUCAAAGACAAAACUGGUCCAUCAUGUUUGAGUCAGAGAAGGCAGCAAUGGACUUCAGUAAACAGGUAUGCAUUGCCAAAUGCAACAGCUCCCCAGCGCUCGAUUCGGUCCUCUGCCAGGAUCUCGUUCUUGGAGAAGGGCAGGGAGUAGAAGGAGGAGACUCUCUGGAGAUUGCCUAUACGGGCUGGCUGUUCCAGAACAACGGGCUUGGACGGGUGUUUGACUCAAAUCUUAACAAAGACAAGCUGUUGCGGCUAAAGCUGGGAUCUGGAAAGGUCAUCAAGGGCUGGGAAGAAGGAAUGGUGGGGAUGAAGAAAGGAGGUCGAAGGUAUCUCAUUAUUCCUCCAGCAUGGGCCUAUGGGGCUCAGGGAGUGGCUGGCCGUGUCCCUCCAGACUCGACUCUAGUUUUUGAGGUGGAAGUUAAGCGGGUGAAGUUGGUAAAGGAAUGCUCUGGCUCAGAUGGACAGAGUGUUAGUUCAAGGGAUUCUCCUGCACCUUCUCCAGUACCCAAUUCAGAUGGCUUCUCUGCAGACACUGGUUUAUUGCCUCCAUCUACGAUACCUCCAAAGCCUGGGGAGCCAGCUGUUCGGGCCAAGUCAAACUCCAUCAGUGAACAGCUAGCGAAUCCAGAUGUAGCAAAGGCAAAGCUGAUUUCUCGGAUGGCUAAAAUGGGACAGCCCAUGCUUCCUUUCCUUGCUGGGACAACAGGUAGUCAGCUUGACUCCAGUGACUCGGAAAUAGAGGAUCCAAAUACACUGAGAGGGACAGCGCAAUCAGUGGCCUCAUCUUCUAUGAGACCGUCACAGCCAGCUCACGCAGUGCUGCCGACAGUGUCAGCACAAGUACCUCAAGCGUCUGGUUCUACGCCCCCAGUAUCUUCUGCUGCUUUAAUACCUGCAACGAUCCAGCCCCAUUCAGCUCUGCCUGGAGGAGCACAGGGCUUUCAGGCGUAUCCAGGCAUGGCGUUUGCUUACCCCCAAACUGCUGCGUCUGCUUCUCAGCUCCAGCCUGUAGGACAGAUGUAUCCCGCACCUUACCAAGCACCCGGGGAUGUUACUGCCUUUUUGAUGACAGAAGCACGGCAGCAUAACACUGAAAUCCGAAUGGCCGUCAGCAAAGUGGUAGAUAAAAUGGAUCUUUUGGCUGCCAAGGUGGAGGAGUUGAAGAAACAAAAUGCUGGUAACAGCUCACUACUGCCUGGUAUCUCCUCUGUUACUAUGGAAGCCUCCAUGAUCAUGAGCAAUAUCCAAAGGAUAAUCCAGGAGAAUGAGAGACUGAAGCAAGAGAUAUUUGAGAAGAGCAGUCGGAUUGAGGAGCAGAAUGAGAAGAUCAGUGAGCUGAUUGAGCGGAAUCAGAGAUACGUCGAACAAAGUAACUUGCUAAUGGAGCAGAGGAACCAUUCCCUGCAAACAACAAAUGAAAACACACAGGCAAGAGUGCUGCAUGCAGAACAGGAGAAGGCCAAAGUUGCAGAGGAGUUAGCGGCUGCCACGGCACAGGUUUCCCAGCUGCAGCUGGAGCUGACUGCCCACCAGAAGAAGGAGAUGGACCUGCGGACACAGCUGUCUGCCGCUCUGCGGGAGGCAGAGCGACACGAGACCCAGCUCAACAAACUGCAAGCACAGUUAGCAGAGCUCCAAGAAGCCUCUGAGGACACUCAGACUAGAUUCAAAGCUGAGAAGCAGAGCCGCAGACAACUGGACAUGAAGAUUACCGCACUGGAAGAAGAGCUAAUGGACCUAAGAGUGGAAAAGGAGGCUCUGGAAAGGAAUCUUGCAGAGAGGAAGAAGAAAUCCCUCUCGGAGAGAGCUCAGGCAGAGGAAGACAUGGAAGAAAUACGCAGAUCAUAUCAGCAGGAGCUGGACAAGCUUCGACAGCUGCUGAAAAAGGCACGGACUUCGACUGACCAGGCAGCAGCGGAGCAGCUGUCACUCAUCCAGGCAGAGCUGGAAUCCCAGUGGGAAGCCAAAUGUGAGCACACGCUGGCCUCGGCCAAGGAGCAGCACGUUAGGCAGUACCAGGAGGUGUGUGAGCAGAGAGACUCCCUGCGGCAGCAGGUGUCCCAGCUGGAAGAGGAGCUUGCGGCUCUAAAACACUCGAAAAAAGCAGAGGAGCAAAAAUUGUCUGAGAUGCAGCAAUGUUUGGAGCAACUAGAGCCCAUCAAAGAGAAGUGUUCGGCCUUGCAGUCGGAUAUGGUGGUGCUGAAGGCUCGCUAUGAAGAGCGCAUCCGAGGCCUGGAGAAGGAUCAGGAUGGAUCUUCACCUGCAGACUUCACGGAAGAAGUAAAGAAGAUAAUGAAUGGCGUAUUCCAGUCUCUUCGGGGUGAAUUCGAGCUGGAAGAGACGUACAGCGGCAGGACGGUUCUGGGUGUUGUCAUGAGCACUAUUAAGACUGUCACGCUGCAGCUGCUCGGCAGGCAGCAGGAGAGACCGGACCAUGACACUAAAAAGGCAGAACCUGAAAUGGGAGCAGCGAGGCAGGAGGGACCACUUGGAGCAAAGCGAGACCACGAAGAGCCCGUGCAGCACAGCACGUCUGGCAGGGAAGGCGAAUCCGCUCCGCUGUCUGCCAGGCCCAGAACUCCCGAGGAGGAGCAGGUGACACAGAGCAGUGUGGUGUCAGCUGAGGAGAAGCAACGGCAGGAGAGCAGUCCCGUCGGGAAGGCUGGGACUGAGUGCAGUCCCUCCAGAGCGUCUCCAGAGCAGGCAGAAGUUGCAGAACCUCCUGUCCUCAAAGCCAAGGCUGGAGAAGCGGAUGAGGCAGUGAUUCCGGAGCAGGAGGCAGAGGAGCUCUCUCCCUUAAACGCAGGAGGGGAGCUCUCUCCCUUAAACGGUGAGGGAGGGGACUGCGCAGACCCGUCGGAUGAAGCUCGCUCAGAGGAGUCUGCUCCGGUAUCCAGCACAGCAGAGCAGAGCUUGGCUGUCCCCGGAGACCCCCCAGGACAGCAGGAGGUGGGCUCCAGCCCGGGGCAGAAGGAUUCCGGCCUCUUCGAGGAUGACAACUUCUUUGAAACAGCAUCUCAUAAACCAGCGAAGCCUCGAGUUCCCUCUGAAGAGGAGGAUGAGGAGGAAGUGAGUAUGAAGGGGCGUCCCCCUCCAGCUCCGCUCUUUGGUGAUGAUGACGAUGAUGAUCUGGACUGGCUGGGCUGA